AAGAAUUAAUUAAAUUUAUAUUUUAAUUAGUUUUUUAACGGCGAAGAUGGCGGGCGCGUAUUUCUUCGCUUUUCUCCUAAUUUUGGGUGUCGCUCAGUGCGAGCCUAUCGGUCGUCAGGACCCGCAUGCUGAAAUCGAAGAUUUGCGCGCAGGUCAAAGGAUCGUGUACGGAUGGGAGGCGAAGGAGGGUCAAAUCCCCCACCAAGUCAACCUACGUAAUAUACGUCAGGACGGCCUGGUCUCCGCCUGCGGCGGCUCUCUCAUCCACCAUGAGUGGGUCAUCACCGCUGCCCACUGCCUCGCCAACCGCGUUAUGUUUGUGGUUCGGCUUGGACUGACCAACCUGACCCGGCCCGAGUACUUGGUGGAGACUUCCCGCAAGUUCAUUCAUCCCCAGUACAACGAGAUUCAAGCUGGAGUCCAAACUGAUGACAUCGCGCUCCUCGGUCUCGAACGUCCAAUUCCUUAUGGACCUAACAUCCAGCCGUGCCGUCUACAGAACAGCGAGAUGAAGAACUUCGACUACUCCGGCGUCAGGCUCAUCGUCAGCGGCUACGGACGUACCGACGAUUUGUGGAACGGUGGUGCUGCCUCAGAGAUCUUGCUGUGGGUGUACCAACUCGGCGUCAGCAAUGAGGAGUGCCUGCGGUGGUACCCCAACAGCCGCGUCAUCAAGGAUCAGACCAUCUGCGCAGCCGCAUACAACCAGACCGGACAGUCUUCGUGCCAGGGCGACAGUGGUGGUCCUCUGACCUUGGAAGAUGUUGAUGGCAAGCCCACGAUGGUAGGAGUGGUGAGCUUCGGUCACGCAGUUGGCUGCAACAGCCCUCACCCCUCAGGUUUGGUGAGACCCGGCCAUUACCACGACUGGUUUGAACAGGUCACCGGCAUCUCCUUCGACUGGAAGAACGAGGACUUAGAGGCUGUGGAGCCGGACACUCCUGAAUCUGAAUCCUCUGAAUCAUCUGAGUCUUCUGAAUCCUCAGAGGAGGAUGGUGAAGGAGAUGGUGGUGAAGGCGACAGCGGUGAAGGAGACGGUGGUGAAGGCGAUGGCGGUGAAGGAGACGGUGGUGAAGGCGAUGGCGGUGAAGGAGACGGUGGUGAAGGCGAUGGCGGUGAAGGAGACGGCGGUGAAGGCGAUGGUGGUGAAGGAGAUGGCGGAGAAGAAGAGAGCAGAGUGAACUUUGUUGACAUGUAAAAUGUGUUAUUUGAAUAAAGAAAAUUAAUAGUCGU